CAGAUGUUUGGAAGCUUGGAAGAAGAUUUGAAUCCAGGAUAAGUCCGCUACAUACAGCACGCACUACAAUCUUUGUACAAUCAUGUAUGUGUCAGAAGUUGACGUUCCAGUAUUACUGUGUGUUACCAGUUAGACUUAGAGCUAGAGUAGGUGGAAGGAAUUUUGCAACACCUGUGUAGGAUCAGCCGGAAGGUAUUUCCAUCAAGGUCCUGCACUGCACUGCUUGUAGUUGCUUUGGUCCUGUUCAUGUUUGGCUGUGUGACGAAUAAAUAGGUACAUGUCCGUUGAAACGCACUUGCCAACGAUUAGCAGCUAGUUCGAUUUCAAGUGUUAGAAAGAGCGCUGAGCUAUGUUGCUGGUCCAAGUUGUUGCUAGUCUUUUACCAAGAUUGGAGUAUAGUGUCAUCCUCUUCUAGUGUUGCUCAAGACCUUUUCCUGCCGCAGAGCUGGCGCUUGCCAUGGGAGACACAUCGCCUGCUAAGCGUGGCAAGGACAAUGCCCGUGCGGUGCGGAUAAAGAGAAAUGGUGACAGCCUGUACCCGGGCAGGCGUUUUGUGGUCAACCGACGCGUGCGCACACUGGACGCAUUCCUGACCGAUGUCACCACGGGAAUCCGAGCACCGUUUGGUGCAGUGCGGCAGCUGUGCACGCCAGCUGGAGGAACUCGGAUCGAUUCACUUGAGCAGCUGCAGCCCGACAAGGUCUAUGUGGCGUGCGGUAUGGAGCGCUUCAAACCUAAAAAGUACGGUGAAGAUCCGGACAACAAGCAAGCCAACCGUUCGUUCAACAGGUCCUUCGGCAAACCAGUCACCUUAGCUCCUCUACCGCCUGUCAAGAGGCAAGAGCGCGUUCCUGGCCGCUUGAGACAAUUGAACCGGCCGAAAAUAGUAACUGUGUUUCGCAAUGGAGACAUUCACUACAACGGGGCACGCUUACUGCUCGACUGGCAUACGCUGACGGACUUUGAAAAGGUUCUCUCCAUCAUCACAGACAAGGUAUCACUGAGAACAGGAGCAGUCCGUCGGUUAUGUGACAUGGAUGGGCAGGACAUAUAUGGCCUGGAGGAAAUCGAGAACGGGGCAUCUUACGUUGCAGUUGGGCACGGUGAUCGCUUUCUCAAGCUACCCUAUAUUGCAAAGAAAGCAUCAGAUUCUCCAAGAAAGUCCAAGCCGACGAGGUUAAAACCUCUGAAGAAGGCACCAAGACCUAGGCCUGUUGCGCCGGAAGAUGAUCAGGGUGAUGGGUUUCCUUCUCUAUUCAUCCAAGGGCUUCCCAACCAUGAGAGGAGACGCAAAGACCGACCGCAAGCAGCAAAUCUGGGAGUUCGAAAGAGAAGUGUGGGUGCUCCACACCACCACCACAUGGAGAGCAAGAGCAAGGUACACCUGACGGACACCGGCGACGUGUCGAUGGAAGUGCCUCCGCAGCACGCGCUCACGCCAGACCUCUCCGCAAGACGCAAACAGCCAGCGGCAGCGGCAGCAGUAAACGCACCCUCGCUAGGCAUUUCCUCUACACCCCGCACCGGCAGCAGAACUAGACACAAGCUGCCGUUUCCCGUGCCGGGUGCGCAACCGCCUUCGCCAGUCCCCGCCAAAGUGCAGCAGAAGAGUGUAUUCUAUGCCGAUCCCAGGCAAACGGAGAAACCGUACUCACCUAGCCUCGCUGCGGCAGAGAAAUACUACACAGAAACUGCUGGGACAGGAGUGUUCAAUGCUGCAAAUCAACUAGAAGCUGAUGAUGGCGAAGUGGUGGAAGAUCAUCCAGAUCUUGUUGUGGACAAGCCUAUUCUCCUGCAUGAUGAUGGUCAAGAUGAAGAAGUAAUCGAAGAAAUCAUCCACCACGAUUCCUACCAGGGCAGUACACCAGAUCCAACAACGCCUAGAGGACUGGCCAGUGCAGCCAGGAAUUACAAAGGGCGGAGAAGUAAGCACACCGACAGGCAGCACAACCAGCCUGGACGUCAGCCCUACAGUGAUACUUCACCAGAUGCAGGCCCCUCACGCAAGCCAGCUCCGAUUGCGGCUACAAGGCAACCGAGACACAUCAAACCUUCGAAGGUAAAGGACACAACAAGUGCUUCUAAUGUAAAUGCUAGUGUUGCUCCUGCUGGUCAAGCUGGUCGCUUUCUAGGUCUGCCGGUCAAGGAUGACUUGCUUAUUGCAUCGCAGUCUUCGCCGGCCAUUAUCAACCUCCCGGAUAACAGCCACUUGAAUGCUCUGGGCGCCAAGCAGAUCACACGAAGCGGCACAAACCUCGCUCCCUCGCCACGUAAGUCACCGUCUAAGCUCAGCAGUCGGUCCAUGCGAUCGCUGAAUGACUCUGGUGUUGACAGUGGCACUGGAAAGGCACUGCUGUCGCCCAGGUCUGGCCGUAAUACCUCGCGCUCGACUGCCGGAUCCAAGCCGAGUAGUCGAGCCGGCUCGAAGGCUCAUUCGACGUCUCGUGCAACGAGCAGGGCGAAAUCCAAGACUCCAGUAAGACCCCAGGCUGGGUCAUCGCCUCUGCCCGAUAGUGCACGAGCGGAGUCCACUGCUACAGCACCUAGCCAAGCUAAGGCUACAGCCUCUGUUACUGCGCCUAGCAGAGCUGAGGGUACAGCCUCUGUUACCGCAUUUAGCCGAGCUGAGGUUACAGCCUUCGAGCCAGCCACUGACGUCGCCGCUCAGCCUGCUUCUAAUUCAAGCACGGCUGAGCUUACUGAUACUAUUCUAGCUGAGCAAAAGGACCCAGAUAGUCCGCCUCAGCCGGCUGGCGCAAACAUAGCUGAAUCGGUCACCCCCACCAGGGCAGAAUCUGUAACUGAGUCACCCGGCCGAGCCAUGUCGAGCACUGAGGCAGCUAAACCGGCUGCCUCCAGAGCCGAACUGGCUGCUUCCAGAGCCGAACUGGCUGCUUCCAGAGCCGGACUGGCUGCUUCCAGAGCCGGACUGGCUGCUUCCAGAGCUGGACUGGCUGCUGGUAGCUCCCUGGAUACAGCUGCACAAGUCGUUGAUAGUGCGGAAGUCGUCCUAGGCGCUGAGGAGCGCAUGGACAAUGGCAAUGUGCCAGAAUCACCUGUGCUGCAAGAUGCACACACAGCCAUAAUGCCAUCAGAAGAGGUUUACCUUCAGAGCCCAGAAGAAGGUGCCAAUGACAAUUAUGAUCCCACUGCUGAUGAGCAAGAUCCGCUUCAGCAAUCGGUUCUCAGCUCAUCAGAUAUUCAUGAGUAUGAAGGUGAUUCUCUGGAUGCGUCGGCCGAGUUCAACGCACAAAACGAGAAAUUGGAAGAAACAGUAGGCACGCCAGAGGAGCUGGAAGGAGAGCAGGAUGCUGAGUUGCAUCGUCCGGAGGCGGAAGGAGCGGAGAGCAGUGCUGCUGUACAGGAAGGCGAGGAGUAGGAACGGAGCGUGCAGAGAUGUGUCAGGUUGUCGCAAGUAGACUACCCAAACGACUGCCAUGGCAGCUGUGACCCCUUACCGAUAUCGACGGCCUCUCCCCUUCUUGCCACCCUCCUCGUCGCCGCAAGUGAAGACAAUGCGCUAUACGUGCAGAAUGUGUGACAGGCUGCGACUCGAUACAACCUACAAGACACCAUUGCUGAUCUGCAGUCCGCAGUCUGUUCUAAACGUGCGUAUCGGUCUUGCUGUGUACUUGAUGCUCUGACGUUGAUUGUUUGACAAUUUUCCAGAAUAGGUUGACUCUAGGACAUUUUAUUAUUAUUAUGAUGAUGAAUGCUAACAUGCUCGCAUGCAUACCGAACUGCACCAUGGCAAUGGAAAUAGCAUGGAAUGAAUAAUUGCCACUUCCUUCAUGAUUUGAUCAAUACUCUUGAUCACUUCUUGAUUCGCUUGUGAUGGCUCGGCUCACUAUAUCAGUCAAUGUCCGUGUGUCCAUCUGCUUGCCUGUUUGUCUGUCUGCCUGUCUCUCUCACUCAGUGACUUUCUCUUUCUUGCUCUCUGUUUGCCCUCUCUCCGUCCCUCUCUCUUCCCCCCCCCCCUCUCUCUCUCUCUCUCUCUCUCUCUCUCCCUCUUGCUCUGUUGCUCCCCGACUGAUUCUCGCACUAUGUGUUCAAAAUGAAAACUAGCUUUACUUGAGCAGUGCUCUUGGAUAGAUCCUGGUGGCUUCCAUUUGCAAUGUACGACCAGUUAACCAGUG